AUAAGAAGAAGCAUCUCGUGAAUGGCGACUUGUGGAAGUUAUUUUCACGUGGAAGGUCGGCGGAUUUGCUCCUCAAAACACCCCAAGUUCUUUGAUUCUAUAGAAUUUCAUCGCACAAUUUUGAUCACUUCGAUCGUCACCCAGAAGGAAAUGGCUGCUUCUAGCCUCCCUUGUUUUUCAUUGCUAUUUGCAUUUUUUCCACAUCAAAACAAUGCUCCCAACAAAUUUUUACCAUUUUCUUCAAUUAUUUCAAAACCCCAUUUCCGAUUGAACAGGAUUUGCUGCGGAGCCCCCGAAAGUGGAAUUCAGCAAAUCCCCUCAACUUCCAGAGCUUCCUCUUCCAAGAACAGGAUGGAAGAGUACAAUUUGGCUAUGAAGAAGAUGAUGAGGAACCCCUAUGAAUAUCACCAUGAACUGGGUAUGAACUAUACUGUGAUAGCUGACAAUUUGAUCGUCGGUUCCCAGCCUCAGAAACCCGAAGAUAUCAAUUUCUUGAAGGAGGAAGAAGGUGUUGCGUAUAUUCUUAAUUUACAGCAGGACAAGGAUGUCGAGUACUGGGGAAUCGACUUACAAUCAAUUAUAAAAAGAUGUAAAGAACUUGGAAUUCACCAUAUGAGGCAACCGGCAAAAGAUUUUGAUCCAGAUUCCCUGAGAAAUGGAUUGCCUAAAGCUGUUUCCUUGUUAGAAUGGGCGAUCUCAGAGGGUAAAGGAAAAGUUUACGUGCAUUGCACUGCUGGACUCGGAAGGGCCCCGGCCGUUGCAAUAGCCUACCUGUACUGGUUUUGCGGAAUGAAUUUAAAUACAGCAUAUGAAGCACUGACUUCUAAAAGACCUUGUGGACCAAGUAAAAGAGCUAUCCGAGGAGCCACGUACGAUCUAUCUAAAAAUGAUCCAUGGAAGGAGCCAUUUGAGAGCCUUCCAGAUAAUGCAUUCGAGGAUAUUGCUGAUUGGGAAAGAAACUUGAUUCGGGAUCGGGUCCAUUCUCUCCGUAGAACUUGAGUUCAAUGGCCUUCCAUUUUUACAAGGAUGAGGACUGGAGAACAUAGAUGUGGCAGUUUUGCUUGCUGUUAGUCUUAGGCUGUGGAGAAUAAGAGAUGGGACAAUACAUGUAGCAAUAGAGGUGACCCAAUUUCAAUUGGUAUAUUUUAAGGAAGCAUGUGUAUACAAAACACUAUAUUGAAUCAAAGUAAUAAAUAUUUGUUGCAGUGUUGCACUUUAUCUCUGCACAGAAAUCUGAUUUCUUAAUCUUGAAAUUUUUUCCAGACCAGGCAAAGGAAUUGUCAUUUGUCUAAGAAUAAUCUUGCUGUCACCUCAGAUCAUUGUAAUUUUGUUUUUGUUUUUGUGUUUGAUAUGAGAAUUGUAAACUAAUUGUGCCAUCUUCAAUGGAUAAUAAAUCUCUCA